GUCAAGCUGAAUAACUGGUUUGCAACUGGCGUGCGCCAAGGAGGAUUUCUAAAUGCGGCACAUUUUACAUAGAUAUGUAGCCACGAAGAAAGCAGUACAUUAGAAUUCAGAGGACGCGUGUGUUACACGGGACUACAUGGUCCGUGAGUUACCUUUGGCAGAGACGUAUGGUGGGUCACCUCAAGUUAACAAGAAGGAUGUUUAUGCAUUUCAGAGGAUAUACACGACACAAUUGUGGACAUGUGCCGCCGGGGAUUUGAAUAUUUCACAAAGUACAUAAUUAUACAAGAUGGAAAUACCUCGUUGGAUUCGUUUCUUUAGUGAUGAGGAUUUUCGAGAUUACCAGCAACAAGCAAGGAUGUACAGGGGUAAGAUUUGUCAGGCGAUGGAGGAAGACUGCAGUGAGUAUCAGCUAAGUGCCAUCACUUCUUUGGGGGAGUAUUCCAACACACCAACUCAGGCAGAGUACACUUCGUCCUGCACAGCGCCCCUCAAGGACAUGAGAAAUGAAGCACAGCCUACAGUCAACAGGAGAUGGGGUCACCUGGAUCAGGGGCAUGAACGCAUCUCCAUGACACACAAAGCUGAAAGACCUGGGCACCAGUCAAAUUCCAAAGGAGGGCCCGAAAGCAGGACACCUUCCAAGAAGGUUUUGGCACGUGAAAGCCACUCUGCUCCCCACAAGGAACGUCGAAGUGAACGUCGAAGAGAACGUCGAACAACGUCAUUCAAAGAGCGGACACAAGAACGUCACCAGAUUCCAUACAUAGAAGGGGGAAAUGAACGUCGUUCAACGCCCAAGACGGGAGGACAUGAUCGUCACCCAUCGUCCCUCAAAUUGGGCGGACAAAAACGUCAUCUAACGACCUUGACACUGAACAAGGGAGAUAAAUCAAAUGGCCAGGAAUUGGACCAUAACUCGAACGAGACGUCAGGCAACUCCACCUUAGAGCUUAUCAACUUUAAAAACCCAAAACGAAAUCCAGUAGUGCUGUCUUGCCUAAUCCUACUCGUCGUGUUGAUCCUUGGUGCGACAGUACUGGUCAUAUAUUUUAUCCUGAAUCAAAAACAAGGACUACCACAAGUGCCAUCUGAAGUUGAGAAGUUCAAAGGAAUGCCUGCUGUAACGGCAACUGUCAGACUGAAGAUUCUCAACAAGUCAUACAAGCCAUCUAUGAACCAAUCUAUCUCUGUAGAGUUCAAGUCCAUAGCAGAGCCAUUCGCCACAGAGCUCGACAAAAUCUUCCUACUUUCCUCUCUGGAAGAAGCCUAUUACGGAGCCAGAGUGCAGAGAUUAAAUCCAGGGAGUAUCCGGACUGACACAGAUCUUCUCCUGCUGGACACAGGACUUGUAAAGGAUGCUGAGAUGAUCCGGCGCACCAUCACCGACUCAGCGAAGACAGUCACAUACCGCGAGGUGCCGGCCGUUGCUAUUGGGGAUUUCAUCGUGUGCGCAGACUGCAUCACCGUGGACAUGCACAACAUCAUUCUAGACGUGCUGCCACCAAAGCCUCGAUAUCCAAAUACCAGAGUGCCGACAACAGGAUCCAACAUUUCUGCCGCAAACACUACACCUGAAAAACCUAAAAUUCCCACCACUUCGUCGACGGCCCGCACUACACAGGGUGCGACUGUUACAACAAAACAAUCAGGCAUCACACCAACAACGGUGACAACACCAACUCCAACGGAUCGCAUGACAUCACCACUAACAAGUCACGACAUUUCAUCAACGACCAACGAAGAGGCGUCUUCACCAUCGACCAUCACCAUGAAUGAAGCUUCAAACAUGUCAACAACGUCUGUGUCUACGUUACCAUCAGCAGCAAUGACAGCAACCACAAGUGUUACGACAACGACAAAGACACCAACUAUCCAUAUGAGCAGCACGGCGACCUCUAUCGGUACUGAUGCCGCAAAACUGACAUGCGCAGUGAAAUUUGUCGACGUUUGGAACUACCUCCUCGUUGUACACGAUACUCCCACCGAGGUGGUCCCAAUUAUCACCCUUAAUCCGAAUGGGAGUUAUUCAAUGGCUAAGGAGGACAUCAAAUCCAAUUUGAUUGUCACGGUCGACGCCAGAGACGAGAGUGUAAUUUUGACCUUGACAUUCAAAAACGUCUCGUGUAGUGACGAGGGGAAUUACGCCUGCACAUUGUUCACUUCCGAGGAUAUGUACACUGCGCAUGGGCUGUUGGAGAUCGUAAACAUCCCCACGCAGCCUCGUCUUAGUCUUCCAGUUGAGCUGAUUUCAAACCGUAAAAUCAAGGAACCAAUUAGUUGCGUUGGCAACGUUGGUUACCCAGAAGGCUUUCUGUUUCUGCAAAUGAAGUCCAAAUCUUCACCUCAUUUCACUACACUUCCGGCCCACGUGACCUACGACCGCCGGGAAUGUCACGUGACAGCGACAGCCCAGCUGACAGGUUUCUCCCCAACGUUGGAAGCCAAUGGAACUAUCAUUCGUUGUGCGAUAGAAAACAGUCGUCUGCUGUCCCGUGACGAUGACGUGUCCACUGCUGCCGUCAUGGCGGUACUGCCAGACAAUAUCUGUGGUCAGACGGUCAACGGCAGCAUUCGCCACCCGUACUCCUGCAGCAAGUCCAUCGUCUGCACCAACUCUGUCCCCUCCGUUGGACAAUGUCCAGGCGAACUCUGCUUUGAUCCAAGUAGUGGGGAAUGUGGCCAAGUGGCCCUGUCACUACGCACUUCAACGGGAUCCUUGAACGAAGGCCUCACCGCCAUCGCUUGUCGUCUGCUUCACCUAGGAACAUGGGACAUCCUGUCAGUGAAGAGGCAGACGACAUCCGGUUACGAAUAUGACAUCAUGCACGUGCACAACAACGGAAGUGUCGACUGGCUUGAUAGCAACCUCGAGUCUCGUGCCCUCAGCGAAGUGUUUAUCUCCAAAUAUGAAGCAGAAGUCCUGAUAUGGAUUUCGGUCCUCAAGUGUGCUGACGAAGGGCGCUAUGUUUGUGGGGCGUCUGGCAUCCCCAGCCUAACACAGGCACAGUCAACACUGAGUGUCAUUUCUAAACCGGAAGAGCCUAUUUUGACGGUUCCUGCUCAGGUCGUAGAGAAUGACCCCUCCCAACACGAAAUCACUUGCAGGGCAGAAGUUGGUUACCCUGCUGGAAGGCUGGGUCUCAAGUUUCGCCUCAAGAAUGAGACGGACUUCCAGCGUGUUGAGUUUGACAGUACGGAAACCAAGACCCACGCCUGCCGUACUCAGAUAGAGGGGAAGUACGUCAUGACAGGCGGCUCCAACCUGAACGAAACGUUGGUCAUCUGUGAGGUGGAGUCCAAUCUGACCCAGGCCAAGUCGGUCACCGAGAUGUUGUUCAUUAUACCAGAGAACUACUGCGGAAACGAGAACAAUACAUCCCUGGAACAUCCAUUCGACUGUCGGUACUACAUCCAGUGCCCCGGCGGAGGGAUAUAUGUGUCGAAGUGUAGUGUUGGACUUUGUUUUAAUCCAGUCAACAAACAAUGCGAUUUGCCUGAACCCACGGAAAAGAAAGAUGACCCCUCCCACCCGUGUUAUCCCAAUCGCCACGGGGAGUACCUGCCCCACCCCUUCAUCUGCAACAAGUUCUACUGGUGUGUGGGGGGUCGGGAGGAGGUGCAGCACUGCCAGCAAGGAACCCUAUACCUCGGGGAGGGGCAGUGUACGUUCGACGUGGAGGAGUCUCACUGCUACAACGCUCUAAAUACAACCGUACCAGCUGUGUGACGUGUAUAGGCAGUGUCUGUCGUAACUCUGCAGUUUACCAGGCUUACGAAUGACGUAGCGCUGCGAUCGCUUAAGGAUCGGGACCCAGUACAUUAAAAAUAACUGAAGACCCAGUGAAACAGAAAAGGCAAAAACAACACCGCCACCAAAAAAAGGAAAGCUCUGUAGCUGAAAAUUCAUUCUCUUGCAAAAUAUAUAUGUGUGGAAAGUAACGCCUGAUCCUUUCAACGUGAAAUGGCUUCACGAAAUCUGGGGACGAACAGACGAGGCGUAUAUAAAUCUGGGGACGAACAGACAAGGCGUAUCGGCUAUCGGAAAUAGUAUUUACGAGCUCUAUAGCAGUGCAGGAAUGGUAUUAAUAGAAUGUAAUGCGAUACCUAUUGCACUGAGUAGAGUGUAUUCAAACUGGUCUCAUAACUCUGCUCCGCUUGGUGUCUGCAAGUGUUCGGACCAUAUGGCUGAUUACUGUGAAGAGUACUGAUUAACUGGCGGGGUACUCUGAAGCUGGACAAUGAUUAACAAAUAUAUAUUUAUAUAUAGCAUUGUUAUGAUUACUUUUCUUACCAUGUCUACAGCUUAAAAUAAUCUGCAGGUCGAAAGGGCCUGCUGAAAUCGAAACUAUGAGAUCGAGAACACAUCCGUCGGCCAUGGGACUACUGGACGAUGUCUAUUUUUGAUUGGUGUUCGAGUAAUGAGGUUUUAUGCCGCUUGUAGCGAUGUUCCCUAUGGAAGGGACACAAUACAUAGACUUCAGACACAAUACAUGAGCGUGAUGAAGGAACGCCUUCAUCACUUGGAUAUUUUAUCGCCGUGAAGCUGAAAAAAAUCCGUAGACAAUACGUGGCAUAUGUUCCUUUCCGUAGUAGCCGGUAUUCGUCGAAUAUAUAUGACAUAAUGGAUGCUCAAAGGGAAACACUCAGUUCAACUCCAUUGACUGUCACAGACUUCGUGUUGUGUGAAGUUAUACGGUCAUGAAGCUUUGCUAUACGUCUUUCUCUGCUUUGCCAUUAGGGACCGUUCAUAAUUUAUGGCUAAGGGGGGUGAUGAUGAUUUUUAUGGAGAAGCAUGUACAAUGUGAAUGACAACCCCUGAAGUUUAUGUACAUAAUAAGUGACAAACCCCCCGGCCCCCACCCCCCAAUCAAUGAAUGAACUAUAAUGAGUACCCGUUGUUCGAGACAUGCGGAGUGCAGAUUUAAGUCCUUUCUAUUUCGGCUUUAAAUCGUCCUAAACGUAACAAAAUAAAAGAACUAAACAACACGUUCAUUGAACUCAUUAUAUCAACGACAAAUAUGUGUAGACAACGUUCACGAUACAACGUCACUGCCGUCGCUCAUCAGCAACAAUAAAUCAGAAAAUGUAAUCCCAAAUAUAACAUAUGUUGAAUAAAUAACUAACAAUAAUGCUCAGACUGUUCACUUAUUAGCCAAUCAGGGAACAGCAGUCGUGGGCGCGGUCCUAUUUUCGUUUAGCUAAUAAAGACAUAUACACAGAAUAAUUUGCUUUUAGUUAGCCAAUCAAACAUGUAAUCACCUGCGAUAUAUUGAUAUGAAGUUCCAUUUUA